AUGGAGAACCACCGCUCACGCUCUAUCCGGAGACGCGAUUGCUUGGGACACCGUGCCCGCUCACGUUCGCCCUCAAGGCAUCCUCAACAUAGAGUGUCCUGGUCGAGGGUCAUUCGGAGGUCUCGUUCGCCAAGGAGAUGCGUACCCACGAGUGAACGAUCACGAAGACCUCAUCGAGGACCCAGUCCAAGAAGGGGAAGGUCCCCCCAACGAAACCGGACUAUCACGUACAGGAGAGGGGGGUCCCCAAGGCGUGGUGACCUACACCUGUACCACCAUGGACAGAAGCCAGAGGGGGCCAUCAUGGAGGGAAAGCCUGUACAGAGGAAAGUAUCUGUCACUUCCUCGGACAGGUUGGGGUUGGUGAUCCAGACCUCAUUAGCCCCGACCAACCCUGGAAAGCUCAUCAGGAACCAUAAGCCAGGGUUGACACAGGAUCAUGGCAAAACCACCUCCGUAUCCCUGUCAGCACAGGGCUCACCUUGCUUCGUGGUGGGGUGA